GUGUUAGUUACGAUCAUUCGUUUAAUAUUACGACCAUAGAUAAUUGAUUUGUAGAGAGUAAAAUAUUUAAAUUCAGAUUAAUUGUGGUGUAAUUAUAAUAGAUAAUCGGUAAAGUUUAGUUAAGUAUAGAAGAAAUUAAUAAUUUUAUGAAAAAAAUAUGUAUAAAUGUUAUAUAUGAUUUGACCCUCGUAAAACUUAUGUAUCGAUUAUAAUUCAUUCGAUUAAUGUUUUUAUAAUAAUUAUUACGAGAAUUUUCAAUAGAAAUUAAUUAUUACUAAUAAUAAUAGAUCGAAUUGUAUAGAUUAAAUGAAUUAUUAGUGAAAGUAAAUGUAAGAUGCAAGUAUAUAGAAAGCAGUGAAAGUAAAAUAAAAUUGGUCGGUUGACCUCAAAAAGUACUUGAGAGUAUUUCAUACUUUUAUAUAAAAAAAAAAAAAAAUAGGAAUUUAAUGCUAAUUACGAAGUUAUGGUUAUACCCCCGACAUUUUUAUUGUUUCAUAUAGUAAAUAGGAUUGAAAAUAUCGAUUCGUCAAGUUCGAAUAAAUGUUAAAAGAGGGGGUUUAGUCAACGUUACUAAAAAUACGUCGAAAGUUACAUGCGUUAGUUCUAUAUUGGGAGCGGAGAGUGAACGUGUCUGUAAUUUCAAUCACGUGAAUAUUUACGCGAGAAUGAGUGCAUCGGAUAAUAUAAUAUACGACAGUGAUGAUCAAGAUGAAUUUCAAGAUGCCGAAGAUACUCCCGUUAGUGAAAACAUGCCGUUGUAUCAAGCCCUGGAAGAGGCUAAAAAAGGGGUGGAUUUCUUUUUUAAUAAUCAAUUCGUAGAAGCGAAAAGCCUAAUGACACCUUACGCCAACAUAAGUAUGUACCAUUCUUUGGGUCACUCGUUAUUUUUAUACAUGGAAGCCAUGUUAACAUUCGAACCGGACGCCAUUAAAGAAGCUUCGAGAGCUUUAAAACAAACGAUGAACGUCUGUAAUCGUUACCGGAAAAAAAACACUUUCGGCGAAUCUCUGGGAAAAAUGGUGAAAAAAGUGAAUUUCGAAUUGUUUAGUUCGGUAGAGGCGCACGCGGAGCUGUGUCACGCCGAAAGUUCGUUAUUAAAAUCGUUGUUGACGUUCGUCGAAGACGAAACUCUGGCGAGUUUCAUAAAAGCCGGGAUAAAAAUUAGAUCGUGCUUCAAUUCGUACAAAGAGUGUUAUCAAAUUUUAAUAAAAAAAAAUUGGGAGAAAGACCCCACCAAGGAGCAUUUCGAAGGGGGGGUGAGAGUGGGGAUAGGCGUUUUCAAUUUGAUGAUAUCGAUGUUACCCGGUAGAGUGAUCAAACUGCUGGAAUUCAUCGGUUUUUCGGGAAGCAAACAAAAAGGUUUACAAGAAUUGUAUUUGGGUUGCGAGACCCGCGGUAUCAGGCAAGUACUUUCCAUUAUGGCUAUAUUGGGUUACAAUUUGAUAGCUUUGCACGUGUUGAGUCAUCGAGAAGGGGAUAUCAAACAAUGCGCGGAUAUAAUUGAUAAAAGACUCGAGAAAUACCCGAAAAGUGUGUGGUUUUUAUUUUUCAAAGGUAGAUUAGAAUUGCUGAAAGGAAAUCUCGAUGCCAGUAGAAAUUGGUACGAGAAAAGUUGGAAGUCGCAGAAUUUGUGGCCGCAAUUUCAUCACAUCUGUUUCUGGGAACUUGUUUGGGUGCACUGUUUACGUUUAGAAUGGAGGGAGGCUCUAAUAUAUUCUUCUGAAUUAUUGCAACACAGCAAAUGGUCUCGUACUAUGUACAGUUACCAGAAAGCGGCCAUUUUAUUGAUGUUGAAAGAAGAUUCGAUUGAUACCGUAGAAAAAGAAGAAAUCGAUAAAUUAAUGAAAGACGUACCGAAAUAUAAACAAAGAAUCGCCGGAAAAUCCUUACCUAUGGAAAAAUUCGCGUUAAAAAAAGCGGAACGUUAUUUUUAUCAAAACGGUAAUUUAAUACUACCGGUAAUAGAAUUAAUGUUUCUAUGGAAUUUAUUCAAGGUAUUCAAUAACUUUUCUAUAUCUAGUAAAAUAUUGAAAUUAAUUGAAAAAACAGCGGAAAAUUUAGAAUCGAACGCUAAAACUACAAAAUACGAUAACGACAAUAAAGCUUUAGCUCUACUUCUACAAGGGGCUUGUCUAAGGCAUAUGGGAAGCCCUUUACUAGCCCUAAAUUGCUUCGAAACCGUCAUUUCGAUGAAUAAAUCUCUAGUAGAAGAUCAUUAUAUAAUUCCUUACGCAAUCGUCGAGCUCGCUUUAGUCGAAUGGAGUAACGGUAAUAGACAAAAAGCGAUUCUAGCUUUAGAAGAUGCUAAAAAGAAUUACACUGGUUAUUCGCUAGAAUCGAGGUUACAUUUUAGGAUACACACGGCUUUAACCGAAUUUAAAAACGAAAUGAAAAGUAUUUAAAUAUGUUUACGGGUGAUAAUUGGUAUUUUAAAAAUGUUUUUAUUUGUUUGCGUUAAUAAAUAACCGUUAUUUUUUAACUAGUUGAUAUAUCGACGGGAAUUCCCAUCUCGUACGUUUACUUACGAGUGUGCGUAUUAAAAAAGUUGUUUUUUUAUCUAAUAAUUAUGUGCAAAUAAGGCUAAAAAUGAUUCUUAACUAUUUAACUAUUCGAAUGUAUUCACUUAUGAGUAGAUUAAAAUUUGAACGGAACUAAAAAAUUCCUAUUGAAAGUCGAUAACUAAAGUUUCCAUUUCUGACCAAUAGCGGCGUCGUUGUCCACCUGCUAAUACUCGUUUGUAUCGUUUUUUACUACUAAAUCGAAUAUUUUAGCUUCUCCACAAAUAAGAAGUACAAUAGAAAUAAUUAAUUUGACACUCGUUUCGUUCUAUCUAUAUUUUUAGACUAAAAUGUCAUAAAUUUUGUUCUUUCAAAUAUUUGAUCGAUAUAUUAAUCGAUUAUAUCAUUCGAAUAGUAGAUAUAUAAAUGGAACUUCCAUCUUGUAUGUUUACGUAUUUUUUUUUUUCUAAUAAGUAAAAGAGAUUUUUAAUACUAAAGUAUAUUUGUUAAUAAGUAGAUUAAAAUUGAAACAAGACUAAAGUAUUUUUAUAAAAAGUGUAAAUCCGAAUUAUAGAGAUAACUAAUGUUUACAUUUCUAACCAAUACGAACGUCGUUGUCCACCUGCUACUACAAUUUUUUCAGUUCUGUCUGUAUCGUUUCUUUAACAUUAUUUUAAUAAGAAAUCGAAUAUUUUCACCUCUCCAAAUAAUACGUAGUUAAAAUAUUAGAUAAAUAAGUUUUUAAUUGUUCGUAAAAAUAAUUAUUGUUAUUGGGGAAAAACACUUACAAACCCGUGCAGUUGUUCAAUGUUUUAUAAUUAUAUAAUGUAAAAAUAAAUACUCUUUUAUUAUUAAUCGAAUAUCUUUAUUAAUAAUCAUCAAUGUAACGAAAUGUUUAAAUUAAUAUUCGUAAACUAGUUCAAAUGUGAGGUUAUAUUAGUUUCGAUGAUUCCUAUAUUCCGACCAUAGAUAAUGUUGAGACAUAAAUAAUAAUAAGAAGUACAAUAGAAAUAAUUAAUUUGACACUCGUAUCGUUCUAUCUAUAUUUUUAGAGUAAAAUGUCAUAAAUAUGUUUACGGGUGAUAAUUGGUAUUUUAAGAUUGUUUUUAUUUGUUUGCGUUAAUAAAUAACCGUUAUUUUUUAACUAGUUGAUAUAUCGACGGGAAUUCCCAUCUCGUACGUUUACUUACGAGUGUGCGUAUUAAAAAAGUUGUUUUUUUAUCUAAUAAUUAUGUGCAAAUAAGGCUAAAAAUGAUUCUUAACUAUUUAACUAUUCGAAUGUAUUCACUUAUGAGUAGAUUAUUGUUGAAUGUAUAGGUUUGCGUUAAUAAAUAACCGUUAUUUUUUAACUAGUUGAUAUAUCGACGGGAAUUCCCAUCUCGUACGUUUACUUACGAGUGUGCGUAUUAAAAAAGUUGUUUUUUUAUCUAAUAAUUAUGUGCAAAUAAGGCUAAAAAUGAUUCUUAACUAUUUAACUAUUCGAAUGUAUUCACUUAUGAGUAGAUUAAAAUUUGAACGGAACUAAAAAAUUCCUAUUGAAAGUCGAUAACUAAAGUUUCCAUUUCUGACCAAUAGCGGCGUCGUUGUCCACCUGCUAAUACUCGUUUGUAUCGUUUUUUACUACUAAAUCGAAUAUUUUAGCUUCUCCACAAAUAAGAAGUACAAUAGAAAUAAUUAAUUUGACACUCGUUUCGUUCUAUCUAUAUUUUUAGACUAAAAUGUCAUAAAUUUUGUUCUUUCAAAUAUUUGAUCGAUAUAUUAAUCGAUUAUAUCAUUCGAAUAGUAGAUAUAUAAAUGGAACUUCCAUCUUGUAUGUUUACGUUUUUUUUUUUUUUUUUCUAAUAAGUAAAAGAGAUUUUUAAUACUAAAGUAUAUUUGUUAAUAAUUAGAUUAAAAUUGAAACAAGACUAAAGUAUUUUUAUAAAAAGUGUAAAUCCGAAUUAUAGAGAUAACUAAUGUUUACAUUUCUAACCAAUACGAACGUCGUUGUCCACCUGCUACUACAAUUUUUUCAGUUCUGUCUGUAUCGUUUCUUUAACAUUAUUUUAAUAAGAAAUCGAAUAUUUUCACCUCUCCAAAUAAUACGCAGUUAAAAUAUUAGAUAAAUAAGUUUUUAAUUGUUCGUAAAAAUAAUAAUUGUUAUCAGGAAGAACUAAUCACAAACUUCUGCGAUUGUUAAAUGUUUUAUAAUUUUGUAUUAAAAUUAAUGUAAACUUUUACUAUUAAUGAUGUCUAAUACAUGUAACAAAAAGAGAAUUUAAGAGAAUACUUCGAUUACUUUCUAAAAUUGGAUAUACAAAACGGCAACACUGUUAAUGACAUCAUUUCCUCCCGAACGAGAUAAGGUCGUCUUUUUAUUAUUGUGAGUAUUGAUUCGCGUUCAAAAAUAGGUUCUGCUAUUAAAACGUAAAGGAAAAGUUAAAAUAUGAUUAAGCACUGUUUAUUUAUGAUACAAAAAAUCGUUAAAAUAUUUAUUUAUGUGUAACUUUCACCGAAAAUAUGAGAGAAGCGGAAUUGGAAAAUGGCGGUAAAAAAGUGUUCAUAAAAAAGAAGAAGAAAGUUGAUAAUACAAAGAUAUCAUUAGUGGUAAAAUAUUGUUUACUAUUAUUUUAUGUCAGCUUUAUUUUACUCGCUUUGUAAUCAUAGAGGCCAAACAACAAAAUAGAGUAAUUAAAUUCAUAUUUCAAGGUUUUUAUAUACAAAAUAGGAUACUCAAAUUAAUAACAAGUAUUAAUCGUAAAACGUACUUUUAUGAGUGUAAUUAAAGUGUCAUUAAAAUAGAUUUCAUAUUCUUGAAUACCGAAAAUCAUUAUAAAGUCAUUAGUAGUUACUGUAAUUACAUUUAUAGAGAUGAUUGUCCACUACUUGUUAUUUUCUAAUUCAAAUUUCCGCGCCAAGUCGAUUGAAGUUUGGUCAAAUUAAUGUUGGUGAUAAAGGCGCCAUCUUAUCGCUUUAAUCGAAAGCUGACUAAUCAUUUUUUGUUUACAACGUAAAAAAAGUACUAAAAAUUUUAUACUCAGUCUAUUGUAGUAGUUAAAUUAUUAUACAGAGGCAAAACCGAAGUUAUAAACUUUAAUUCAUUGAACUAAAAUCGUUAUCGACGCUGUGACUUAUAUGUGAGGCUGAAGCUUUUUUAUGACAAGUGUUAAUUAUAUACAGCGUUGCCAUUUACUUUCAUUGCAUUCGUUUAUUUAUAAUAGACAUUUUUAGAAAUAUUCGUUGCUUUCUGAUUGAUAUCGACAUCGAUAUCUAUUUUUAUAUUAAAUUUCAAUAUUUAAAAACUUUAUAUUUGAAGAUUUGUGACGUUCGGAUUGUACUAAUUAUAUUUAGACAAUAAUUAUGCUGGCAGUUAUUUAAAUAAAUGUAUAUUUUUCCGUCAGUUGAAGGUAAUAAUUUUCCGAGAAAAUGAUUAGUCAAUGAUAAUAAUAUAUCGAUAAUUUAUGACUCUAAUGACGUCAUAAUUAUUUGAAAACAUCAUUGGAAACAACCAUUACCACGAAUUAUUAAUGAUGCAAGAAAAACCGAGUCUGAUAUAUGUUGUUAUAGAAAUUAUAUAAAAAAUGAUCGAAUUAAAUUACUUCUAAAUACGAAGCCACUUUUCUUAGCUUGAAAACGAGUAGAUUUAAAUUAUCAGCCGAGAACUGGCAACAGUGGUAUUAAUCACUGUCAGUUAGGUGUUUCAAAUUUGCAAUUUUUCACCAAAUUAUCCUAAAAAUAAUAGAAAACUAAAAUGCAGAAGAGAAAAUAAUUUUUUUUGCAUACUACGGAUAAUUUUUUAUACUAUACAGGGAAAUUCAGUAUCAGUUUAUAUGAUUUAUUAAUAUUUAAACGUUAUGAAAUUUGAUUAGCGAGGUCAAAAGGUAUUUUUUUAUUAACAAAAUCGUGCUGUAUCAUUUUGUUUCAAGAGAUAAAUAAUUUGACUGAUUAAAAUCGAUCUGGCAACGUUGCGCAUAUAUCUAGACGAGUCCAUAAUUUGUCUAAAGGUUAUCGACAAGUUUUCUUUUUUAUUUUAUAAAACUUUUAGCUAUUUCGUUUGUACAUUGUCCUAUAGUUAUUAUAUUUUUAUGUAUAAUUUUAUCAUACGACAAUAAACACAACGAUUAAAAACUAAUAAAUGUAAAAAACAAUUUAAAUAAUUUGUGACCAAGUCUUUUUAAUGUUUGUGCUACACCAGCGUCAUCUUACGAUUCAAGAAGAAAGCUUUAUAAUACACAGAGACGGCUUUUAACCAAACAGUUUACAGUAAACUGUUACAUUUUCAAUAUUCAUGGUUUGUUUUUUAAAAAAAGCAAAUAUUUAUUUGAUUAUAGCUUUUUUUAUAUGUAGUCUCCUUAUCUAAAUAUUAGGUAUUAAUAAAUGGGGCUUUAUGGAAGUACGUGAAGGUUAUUAUAUUUAUCUAAUAAAAUAUAAUUAUCUGGAAUUUCAACAAUUCAUUUUAAUAUUGUACAAUCUAAUACUAGAUAGUAUGUAGUGGUGAGCUUGUGAUAAAAAUACGCAAAAAUGCAUUAAUAUACAGGAUGUUACGAAAAUUGUAUAAAAAAUUUGACCAUUUUAUCAUACAAUAUUGAAUAAGAAAUAUGAAAGUGGAGUUAUCAUGUAGAAUUGUUUAUUAUUUUUGAAAUAUACAAAAUAUGUUUUUCAUUUAC